GUUUGUGUGUUUCAGGUAUACGCCCCAUCUGCCAGCACUGCCGAUUACAACCGAGACUCACCGGGUUACCCGUCCUCUAAAGCACCGGGCGGCAGCUUUCCCAGUUCCUUCUUUAUGCCAGACGGUCAUCACAGUACAGACCCAUGGAGCUCGUCUGGCAGUAUGAAUCAACCCGGAUACAACAGCAUGCUGGGAAACUCCACACACAGCGCUCAGAGCAGCAGCUACUGCGGCCUUCAUCCGCACGACAGACUCAGUUACCCGUCACACUCGUCAGCUGAGAUUAACCCCAGUCUUCCUCCCAUGUCCAGUUUCCAUCGCAGCGGCGGGACGAAUCACUACAGUACGGCGUCCUGCUCCGCAACAACCAACGGGACAGACAGCGUCAUGGCGAAUCGAGCGUCGAGCGGAGCGGCCAGCAGCUCACAGACGGGAGACGCGUUAGGAAAGGCUCUGGCUUCAAUCUAUUCCCCCGAUCACACCAAUAACAGCUUCUCAUCCAACCCCUCCACUCCUGUGGGAUCUCCUCCCUCGCUCACAGCAGGUACAACUCAGUGGCCCCGUGCGACUGGACAGGCGCCUUCCUCCCCAAACUACGAGAACUCCCUUCACUCUCUGUCUCGGAUGGAGGACCGGCUGGACAGGCUGGACGAUGCAAUCCACGUCCUGCGGAAUCACGCCGUGGGCUCCACCGCCGCACUGUCCAGCGACAUCCACAGCCUGUUAGGACAAGCGCACAACGGGCCAAUCUCAGCCAUCGGCACCAAUUUCCCCGCUUCUGGAUUGGUCACCAACCGAACAGCACAAAUGGGCUCUGUUCACCGUGAAGAGACCGUCAGCCUGAACAACAACCACGGCGGCCUGCAGGCCAGCGCCGGUCCCACCUCUAGCUCGGAGCUCAACCACCAGGCAGACACAUUCAGAGGAAUCGCUAGUGCUCUGGCCAGCCAAGUUGCUCCUGCUCUGGACCUGAAGGUCGAGAAUCAAGAAAAGGAUGACAUGCAUGAUAACCAGUCCUCUGACGACCUCAAAUCAGACGACGAGAGUGAUAAAAGAGAUAUGAAGCAGAAUCGGGGAAGCACUCGACCAAGCAGUAUCAAUGAAGAUGAGGACCUGAACCCCGAGCAGAAGGCAGAGCGUGAGCGAGAGAGGAGGAUGGCCAACAACGCCCGUGAGAGGCUGCGAGUCCGGGACAUCAACGAGGCGUUCAAAGAGCUGGGCCGCAUGUGUCAGCUGCACUUGAAGAGCGAGAAGCCCCAGACCAAACUGCUCAUUCUUCACCAGGCCGUCGCUGUCAUUCUCAGCCUCGAACAGCAAGUCAGAGAGAGGAACCUAAACCCCAAAGCAGCCUGCCUUAAGAGGAGGGAGGAGGAGAAGGUGUCAGGGGUUUCAGGUGACCCCCAACAAGCCCACCCGCCUGUGCACCCGGGCCUCACAGACACAUCCAACCCCAUGGGCCAUCUGUGAACAGCCAGAUCAAAUGGAUCCCGAUGGCGUGUGUUAGACAGAGUCGGUGACCUUGCUUUCCACGGGCGGACAGGACUCACAGUUUGUGACACAAAUUUGAAAAGACAGACCACUCGAAGCAAAAUUCCACCGUUAAGCAAUCCUGAGAUAGAAGAAAACUGGCAAGUGCCCAGCUCCCUGUGAAGACAUCCCAUAUCGAUAAGCAACUUUCUGCCCACCAGAGGAAAAAAAACAAAAACAAAAAUCAAGCAUAAAAGCCCCUCAGCACAUAUCGCUGUCUGCAAGCCGUGUGCCGCAGCUGUACAAUCAGAGACUGUCGCCACCCCCUCCACCCUGAACGUGGAAGUUGCCUUGUGCCUAAACUGAAUUGACGAAUGCAUUGUAACAGCAAUUUGUUCUUUUCUUCUCGAUUUUGUUUGUUUGUUUGUUUUUUUCCUAUUUAUUACGUUACUGAGCUGUAAGUCUGUGUUUAAAGGGAAAGUUCUGACAUUGCUAUGAGAAGCUGCUGGCGUUUCAGUAGAUCUGCAGUUUGUCCGUCACAUCGGAGUCGUGUGCUGUCCUCAGCCUCGCUCCCGUCCGCUCCAUCAGACUUAAUAUAUUCAGAUCAAAUUCCGUGCCCUCGCGAAAGAAUCUGACGGCUCCCUGUGUCUAAAAAGAAAAGGAGAAAGAAAUAAUAUAUUAUUUAUAUUUAUCGUACAUUCAUUCCGCAAAUAACAGCAUGAGAAACCAAAACUACCUAAUUCUUUCUGACGUUUGUCGAUAGUGUAGCUCAGAGUCCUCGUCACCGAGUU